AGUUUGGCGGCCGUUGGUCAUUAGCUGUUGGUCGUUACCAGAUGUUUGGAUGUCAAUCAUUUUCUCUUUUUUCGAUUCCAUCCGCUUAUAGAACUUAUAUAAUUUGACACUCUUUAAUUAAGUUCUGAUGACGGACCAAUCGCUCCUAACCGACGAUGCCGUCGCCGCCCGCCUCAUCCAAGAAGCUGAGCAUUCGCUACGCUUCUCCUCGUACGGGAUGGACUCCAGCGGCCCUAGACCCGAAAACAAGCCAAAACCAAACACGCGCUUCCUGCGCAACAUAAUUCGCACUACAGAGAACCACAAUGCGGCCCUCCUUGCCAAAGAGGCCGCCGAGUCCCAGGCCCGGUUACAAGAGCUUAGCGACGCCGAGGAGAAGACACGGCAACGUCGGAGGCCGGAUCCAAGCGAGAUGCGCAGGCGGCAGAUGGGUAACAUCUCUGCCAUAUUGCUCGGCGGAAAAAGGAAACGUGGUGGCGACGGGGGCUCGUCGAGUGAGAGGAGACAUGGUGACGAGAGGAGGACCGAUGAGCGCAAGUCUUCGAAGAGCCACCGGAGCGCAAACAAGACCAGCGAAGACCGGGAGAGGUACAAGCGGAGGUCUCGCACUACGGACAAGACGGACGAUGAGGAGGAAUGCCGACAUAGGGAACGGAGGCGAGACCGCGAUCGCAAGUCCCGUGCCGACGACAGCCUGCGGAGCAGUAGUAAGAGGGAUAGGGACUCUCAUCGUGACAAGGAAAGGACACGGCAUAGAAGGUCACAAUCACCAGAGAGCAACGAAAGGCGGCAUCGCCGGUCGAGGAGGGAUCGAUCUCCCUUGAGGAGCCCGAAAGAUGACGACAGGAGUCGCAGGAAAGGCACGUCCGGCAAGAGAAAUCAUGACAGCGAGGAUGAAGGGGAUUAUUCUGACCCACUGGACGAUGCGAUCGGCCCCGCCCCACCACCCAUCAAAGCCCGUGGGCGCGGCGCAGUAUCACAAGAAUCCGGCAUCGAUGCUCGCUUCUCCAAGUCCUACGAUCCAGCAUCCGAUAUGCGGCAUGAGCCAGCAGACGGAGAGGAGUGGGAUGACGCUGUAGAGGCUUUCAGGGAUCGUCAAAAGUGGAAGGCACAAGGCGCAGACCGGCUCCGUGCGGCAGGGUUCACGGAUGACCAAAUCAAGAAGUGGGAGAAAAGUGAGAAGACAUUGGCCGCUGGCGCUGAUGCUGAUGUCAAUAUUGAAGACGUGCGGUGGGCAAAGAAGGGUGAGCAGAGAGAGUGGGAUUUGGGUAAGAAGGUCAACAACGACGGAACAGUGUCUCAUGGGCCGGAUUGGGCUACUUAAUACGGGUAUAUGAAUAUGAUCACUAGAAAUUCGAGGCUUAUAGACGGAUGCAUCGCCUUGAAGACCCUUGCACUUUCGGCCAAUGGUCGAACCUAAUUUUAGGUAUCUUUAACUGAGGAAACCGAAAGUUAACAAAAUCAACAUUUAUGAUAAUGUCGGAGGGAGGUGGCUUGUGGCAAAAGCUGAGAUGUUCUGAUUGCUACCGAGAGCUCAAUUUCAACUUGUCUCUUACCCUCGCGAGUCGCGUGACACUUGUAUGUAGAACAUUUCAACAUAGAGCGAAGUGACAAUUGGCCCCAUAAUAAUGCCAGC